GGUGAGGCAACGGCGCGCGCUCUAGAGCCCCGCCCCGCCCCCCCCCCCCGGCAGCGUCGCACGGCCAGAGACUUCUGGGGAGCCGUUAAACGGCCGCGCGCGGCGAAAGCAUAAUAUUUGAAUAAUAGUCAUCCCCAGAGUAACGCCUGACAUUGCAAUGGCCUCAGCUGUACUCAGUUCAGUUCCCACCACUGCCUCCCGCUUUGCUCUGUUGCAAGUGGAUAGUGAUUCUGAUUCGGAGUCUGGAAAGGGAAGAGGUGGUCGAGGUGCUGGGAAGUCUCAAGCUUCAGGGGCAAAACCGGCUACAAACGAGAAGAAGAAAGAGAAGAGGAGAAAAAAGAAGGAACAGCAACAGAGUGAAGCUAAUGAGCUCAGAAAUCUUGCUUUUAAAAAGAUUCCUCAGAAAUCCUCCCCUGGAGGCUGUCUAUCUCAGCAUGAGCAAACAUUGUACAGUCAAGUGCAGAAAGAUUCUCAGGAAGAAAAUUGGCAAGAGUGGAGACAAAAAGAUGAACAGCUGACAUCAGAAAUGUUUGAAGCAGAUCUUGAAAAGGCAUUACUGUUAAGCAAACUGGAAUAUGAAGAGCACAAAAAGGAAUAUGAAAAUGCUGAAAAUCCUUCACCUCCUUCAAAGUCUGUGAAUAAGAAAGAGAAAAGAAAGAACCAACAAGGAAAAGACAAACCUCUCACAGUAUCUCUGAAAGACUUUCAGUCCGAUUCUAAUAUAGAUCACCUGACAAAAAGACAUGAGGAACUGAGCUCUUCCCAUACUUUAUUGCAUGAUGGAGGAUUCUUCAAUAGAUUGGAGGAUGACGUUCACAAAAUACUUAUUAGAGAAAAAAGGAGAGACCAGCUCACCGAUUACAAUGGAAUGGAUAACUGUGCAUCUCAUGAACAUAGUCAGGAGGGUAUUUUGAAAGAUGGAAAAACAGAACGAUUGAAGUUAGAACUUGAAAAGAAAGAUGCUGAAAUUCAGCAGCUGAAGGAUAUAAUUGCUCAAUGGGAGGCAAAGUAUAAAGAAGUAAAAGCAAGAAAUGCACAGCUGUUGAAAAUGCUACAGGAAGGUGAAAUGAAAGAUAAAGCAGAAAUACUACUUCAGGUUGAUGAAUCACAGAGUAUCAAGAAUGAGUUGACUUUACAGGUGACUACUCUUCAUGCUGCAUUAGAACAAGAAAGAUCAAAAGUGAAACUAUUACAAGCAGAAAUAACAAAAUAUCAGGGUGGGAAAAAAGGGAAAAGAAACUCAGAAUCUGACCAGUGCAGGUGAUCUCACUUGCCACACCAAGCUCAAAGCAAAAAAAAAAA